AUGUCCGAUCCCUCUCAACAGCCUUCGGGCUCCUCGUCGUCUGGUCAGGCCAACGAUGGCGCGCCUCCGAGCCGCACAAGCGGACGACCGCUUCGAGGCAUGCCUGCUUUGCGCGGCGCACCCUCAUUGCGCGGAGCAUCCACACGCAGCGCUUCAGGCGCAUCUAUGGUGCCAUCGAGAUCCUCGUAUGCUUCUCCUGCUCCCGGUGCACCAGGUGCCGCAGGUCCAGGGUCAGGCACCCGUAUGUCAUUCCGCCCUGUCAUGCCACAGCGUCGCAAAGCAUCCGAAUCUCCCGCGCCAACGUCCGCCGCUGCAGCCGAGACCGCAUCCGCAACACCAUUGUCCACACCACUCACAAGAAGUGGUAGUCGAGGUCGGGGUCGCGGCGGCGCCCGCCCACCAAGACAAGCAGCGCAGAUGACAGCGUCUGGACCGUUCGCUCUGGGUCCAUCGACGCGGGCUGCCGGAAAGAAGGUCGCUCCAACAGGUCCGGGAGGCUCCAGUCUCACCCCGUCUGGCAGCAAAGACCCAAGCACAAGCAGCACCUCAACUAAGGCGGAUCCCGACAGAGCCGCGUAUCGCAAUCCAGAUAAGCUCAAAGACGCAGAGCAGUACUCGGAUCCAGAGGAUGGCGGCGUGGAGAUUGUCGACAUGGACGAGGUCCACAUUUUGGACGAUCUCGCACCUCGUGCGCUUCCCAGGGUCGCAGAGAAGGAGACCAAGAAGGACAAGCAAAAAGCUGCGACGGCUCGGCAGAAGAAGAUGGAGGGACGCAUGCUCAAGGAUGAGCGCGAGGCCGGCGGUUCGGCCGUGCGUGUCAAGUCGGAGGAUGACGAUGAUGCGAUGGGAGAGCUCGAUCCGAGGUCAGCAUCUGUUCUGAGCGCUUCAGCGACGCCACAGCCGGGGGAUGGGCCGCAAGUCAACAGCGCCGAUGCGUUGGAUCUCAGCGAGAGCGAAGGUGAAGAGCUUAUGGACGAUCUCGUGGACGACUUUGUCUUUCAUGAUGACGAUGAUGCCAAUCCCGAAAACCGGCUCUAUCUGUUCCAAUUCCCCCAGCUCUUCCCCAAGUUUAGGGCGCUCAAGGCGAACAAGGCAGACGCUACGGACGCAGCAGCCACUGCGGAGCCCUCAACAGCAGCAGUCACCGGCAAGCGGCGCACCGUCUCCUUCGCCGAAGGCACCGCCGGAGGAGCAGGUCAAGCCGUCAAGGACGAACUACCCAGCUCCGAAAUCGACUCCGAUGCCGAUUCAGCCAUCGACUCUGCCGACGAAGACAAGAAGACCAAACUCACUACGAAUAACCAACAUGAGGGCCUCGUGGGCAAGCUGGACGUCUACCGUGACGGCCGCGUCUUCCUCCGCUUCGGCGAGCUUGUCAUGGAAGUCACGGGUGGUUCUCAGAGCACAUUCUUGCAGCAGGUGAUGCUGUUGGAUCCGAGCAACCGGACAGCGACGAGUCUGGGAGAGCUGCAUAGGAAGUUCAUCGUUAGUCCCGAGCUGGAUUGCAUGCUGAACGAUAUCAAGCUGCAUGACGAGGAGGAGAGGGCGAAGGAGGACAAGAGACGAGAGGAGGAGCAGAGGAAGAUCGAGGCCGAGAGGGCCAAGUAUGGCGGUGGGAUUGGGGGCGUUGGCGGGAGGUGA